AUGUCUUCGCAUUUCAGAAGAAUUUCAAGCGUUCCAGUUGUGGACUCGAACGGACGUGUUCUUGGUGUAAUAGGGAAAAGUGACAUCAUGUCGGAGUUAGUACGUCAUCCGAGUAACUAUCUGGAAAUCUUGGAUAUUCCAAUCAUGGACAUAAUUGCUACAAUGAAUCCUCCUGUCUAUGGUACAACGUCGAUGACCGUCUACGAUUGUAUCUCGACAAUGGUUAAUACUGACCGACAAUCUAUUGUCAUUAUUGAUGUGGAGCGACGCCCACAAGCAUUGGUUUCAUAUUCAGACAUCAUGGAUUUCAUUCAGAACUGUUCAGAUUCGCACCAUAAAUUAAGCUUGGCUUGA